AUGUUAGGACCUCCAUUAUGAAAACAAGAACAAGUGAAAGCGUUAAAAGAAAAACUCGCUAACGAAGUACGAAACCAUAAGCGUGAGCUUAAAAGAAUCAAAGAAAUCCGUGCUUUAGAGUCAACAAAACGCCGAGAAAGCUUAGAAAGAUUAUCAGAACUAGAAAGCUCUUUUGCAGAAAUGAAGUCAAAAAGAGACUCCUCAUUUUCCUCUACAUCUCAAGCUCCAGCUGAGCAAAUUCCUUCAUUUAGAUCUAAAACUACCUCUCCAUCUCCUAUUUAUAAAAAGCCUAUUGAUGACUACUCAAUAUCAUACUUUAAAGAUUGCGUCUCAACUUAGGCUUGGCCUCCGGCCAAGCAGUCUCAAGCCCUAUUGGUUUUUUCUUCAAGGGUAAAAAGGAGGCGCCCAGCUAUGCCUGCAGGGAACACCCAGGCCAUCGGGCAAUGCCGCUAGCGAGAAACCAGGAGUUUCGCCCGGGGCUUCAACUUUUUCUUUUUGCCAAAAGUCGAUCAGAAAAUCCAUUUUUUGGGUUUUCUGUGUGGACAACAUUGUACUCCACAGCCUCAAGCAAGGCCACAGAAUUCCUAAAUCUGCAGCUCAACACUGGAGGUAGGUUGUAGCUUGCAAGGAGGAGACGUUCAACAGAAGUUGGAGUCCUGUAGGCAGCGUCGCAAAGAGGAGGAACCUUCGGGUCUGGGUGACUGCGUCAAAAAUAACAGCUUAGCAGCUGAUAAUCUCGAAUUAAGAUUAAGAUUAAGACUACUCAAUAUCUACUCCAUAUACAGAGCUAUCCAAGUCAAACUCCCCAUAUAAAAUCCACCUAGAGCGCGUCAUGCAUUUACAAAAUCAAGCCAAAAAAAUCCUUCUCAAAGAGCGUGACCCUUCUUCAGUUUUGACCAAAAUCCAUGAAGAGCCAGAACUUAAUGCAAAUCUUCUGAAAAAAAUUGGCGAAGUGACAGUCCCUUUGAGAUACCCAGUUUAUGUUCCUGAGUCCACAAUUCGAAAAGCCCAAGGACUUCCACCUCCUAUUGUGAAUAAAGUUACAAAAACUGGGGAAGUUUUUCCUGUCCAUAUUGUAGGCGACCCAUCACCUGCUUAUGAUCCUUUGAUUAAAGUGGAAACGACGCUGAAGAAAGUAAAUAACAGCGAUCCACAAAAAGGAAAAUACAGGAUGGACGGAAAUGAAUCAAUUGAGGCUAAAGCAUACACCCAAUUUAAUUUUUCUGAAGAUUCUGAUGAAUAUUGGGUCGCUUAUUGGAAAAAGAAAGAAAAAAUAAAGCAAAUUGGAAAAUCGGCUGAUAUGGAUAUCCCGACUGGAGAAAUGACACAAGUUCCUAAAUUUAAAGAAGCCAGAGCGGUAACUCCUAAAGGGAAAUACUAUAAUUGGACGUUUAGAGAGCUAGCGAAAGAAGAAAGAGAAAUUAAGCCAAAGAGAAAAUGGGUAAGGGAUAGGAUGGAUAUAUAUUAUGAUAAAAGGGUAAAAAAAGAUUUUUUACCGACUGUUAGUGAUAAGAAAAGUUUAGAAAUAAAAAUGAUAAAAGAGCUGGAGGAAAUUAAAAAACCUAGAAGCUUCACAAGGGUAAAGAUUGGAUUUUAA